CUUUAGAAGACAAGGAGAAUUAGAGGCGCAGGUGGUGGGGUCGACCACGUCGUCUGCAUUCUCAUAUUUUAUCACAAGGCUGUAGUUGAGAAGACACUAAAAGACACCGAAAAGACAAUGUUGGCACUCUCUUCGGCUCGGUCUGCACCACAAGCAGUAAGCAAACGCACCUGCCGGCGCUUAGAACAAGGAAAAGGGAUUCUGUGGUUUGUAAAUCGUGCGCGUGCCCUUGCUCCGGAGUUCGAGUUUUACGGCCUCCCGAAGCAGUCGGCGUUUCCUCUGCUAAUGCGCAAACGGGCCGCGUUUCAAUGCCCUGAUCCAAAAGAAGAAGGAGAAGAAGGGAGAGCACCGAAGAAGAGGAACUGGGUACCACUUCAGGUGCGGAACACCAACUCCACACGCGGAAUCGCUGCGAAAGAAAUGACUUCCACAGGCGUGCCUCGCGGCAGCAAGGAAGAAGAAAUUCAUGGCGCUCGUGAGAUGCCCCAUUCGAUCAACUUUGUAAAUUCAAAAUAUUUUUACGAGUUGAGGAACCCAUCCCACGAUCGAUAUCCGGACCUCCCACUUCUCGUGACAUCGAUAGCAACUAACUCCAUCUGCAUCACUGACUCGAGUCCGGUUGCACAUGCCAACAAGUUCGUACGACUGAAACUGGAUUCCGACGAUAUUAUCAACCUCGACGGUGCUGCUGCUAGUCACCAACUGAGAGAACGCCUGGAGGGGUUGCUGCUGUCUUCGUCGCAAGAUAGUUGCUUCGAGAGCCGGGUGAGGAGUGCCGCAAGCCUGCCUGAAAGCAUGGCAACGGCGAUCAGCGCUGCCAGCGCAUCUUCACACCUCCAGUGGAUUCGCACGUCGGCCACGUCGACGGCGCUUUUGCACAAUCGAAUUUUGCUCCUCCAGCUCAUGCAGUUGCCGGUUUUCGCGGAAAUGUGCUUCCCACCAACAAUUCUGGUCGCGCACCACAAUGCGGAGCUACGCCAGCGCCGGGUGCUCUUUCGCGCUUCGACGUGGACGAAGGGCGGCACGGGGUACUACUCCCGCCACGUCCGUUUUCAUCUGUACAAAAUGACCAAAGGAAUGGCACGCACACCAUUCACAACCAGCGACGAAAUUGAUGUUUUUCUUUUUCUUACUGCGGACGACCGUAACGACAAGCUCCGGCUAACGCGUGUGGGAAUGAUUCCAAAAGCGAAGAUGUUGGAAAAUGGGCUGCUGGGCAACGACGGCGACGGAAGCAUCGGGAAAAUCUUGCACUACUUGCCAUGCCAGCGAGCCGACAACGACGCGGACACCAAAAGUAACAACUCAAAUUUCGGGCGAACUUUUCAGAACCUGGAUUCUUACUUUAUCUCCGUGACCAAAAGUAAAGAUGAGAUUUCUCAGUUUGCGAGCCGGGUUUUGAUUGAAAGUCAAAAUGAUGAGAAUGAACAGGAGAGGAAAAAUCAAGCACAGUGCGCGGCUCAGAGCAUAUGCCAUACCAGAGCGGUCGUGCGCUGCCAAAUAUAACUGUCAAAGAAACGAAGAG